GUCGGCCCUAUUGAAGUACACAAUCGACGACAGUGCCCAUUAAACACGGCUUAAGCAUAAUACCGUAGUGCAUGUUUAAGUGCUAGGCUAAUCACCAGUCUACUGAUUACGGAUUCGGACCAGUGAAUUGGGUUAAAGGCAAUGGAAAGAGGCUAGAUCGGUGUCAAGAGGGUUGACGAUGUCCAAGCGGAAGCUCAAUUCGGAGGAGGAGGAGGAAUAUGAAUCUCCGUUGGAUGAAGGCGACGAUGAUCGUGACAAUGAUGAUCGUGAUAGCUGUGCCAGCUCCUCCUCCACGAAUAGCAGCACCGAUGUGCCCGCAGAGAUGCCUAAAAAGAGACAGAAGACAAAGUCAGUAAAGUUUACGGGGGUGAAUGUGUACUACUUCCCACGGACACAGGGCUUCACCUGCGUGCCGAGUGAGGGUGGCUCCACAUUAGGUAUGGGGGAGAAGCAUAUACACGUCGAGAACUUCACGCUGCCAGAGUUUUCACGAGAGCAGCGUCGGGUCCAUAGGGAAAUGCUUGAAAAACAGCGCGAGGAGGGUAAGCUUAUGGAUGGACUCGAGGCUCGUCUAGCUGAAAUGGAAGAUGAUGACAGUUGUCAUAGUGACGACGAAAGCGAGUGGGAGUUUGAGGAUUUGGACGAUUAUUAUUUCCUUCAACCUGUGUCGAUACGUCAGCGCAGGCUUAUGUUGCGGAAUAGUGGGGUUAAAAAGAUCGAUAAUACGGAAAAGGACUCGUGUAAAGAUAUUCGACAAUCACGUGAACAGUGCGGAUGUGAUUGUAAACUUGUUUGUGAUCCUAAGACCUGCGCGUGUAGUUUGGACGGGAUUAAAUGCCAGGUGGAUAGGCUUUCGUUUCCAUGUGGUUGCACAAAGGAAGGGUGCGGGAACCCUUCCGGACGUGUGGAGUUUAAUCCAAUACGUGUUCGAACGCAUUUUAUUCACACGGUGAUGAGACUCGAGUUUGAAUCAAAGUGUACCAAGCCGGAGAAACCUGCAAUUAACAGUGUGUCAGCCAAAGAUACUAAUAUAAAUAAUUUUAAUAGUAACGAAAAAGGUUCAUGUAAGGAUUGUCAAAAUUCGGAAUUUAGCAACGCUCUAAUGCAGGAGAUGGAAUUAGCUGCUUUAAAUCGGGAACAAAAUCAUAACUUUAAUGUGACAGGUCAUUUUGCGCAUCAAAGUGCCAAUGGUAUGUAUAAGGCACAACCAGCGCACAUGUAUACAACAUUGACUGGUUCAAACCUGAAUCAAGUUUACAGUUCGCCCUCUACUGACUUUUACACGGCAGAGAACACAACUAGCAUGUACGAUUAUCCCAUUAGUAAGGAAGAAAAUUCCUCUUACUCGGAGAUGAGCGAAAGUUCAAACGAGGAACCUCUUGUUCCGUAUCAGAAACCGUUUGAGAGUGUUUCUCAAUACCACCAGACGCGUGGAAACUGUUCAACAGUUUGCGUGCCGUUUCCCAUGCCAAAUCUUGACCAGAAAUGUGCCAGUGUAAGUAAUACGGAUGUGGAAAGUGUUUUUAAGCUUCAGCCAAUAUCUACGAUUCUGGGCAGUGUUAACGAGACGUUUGCUUCGGUCACAGAGGACUGGGAAGGCAGUGUUAAGUCGACCGAUAUAGCUGCAUUAUCCGUACCAGCAACGUCACUACCUGCAUGCUGCUACACCACCAUGAAUAACACUACAUCGGAUAAAAUCGCAGAAACUUGCCCCGGCAUCUCAUCCCACAUGAACAAGGACAGCAACGGAAAUAACGAGCUGACAGGAUUUAUAGGCUCAGCUAGUGAAUCAGAUAACCUGUCUGUAAGCAGUUUUUACGACUCUGACUCUUCGAACCACGCAAUUACGGUAUCCUCAUACAUGGACGAGAAUGAGAGUUGUAAAAGUACAAAGAAGACAAUUGAGGUUGCUGCGCAGAAGGCUUGCGAGGAAGCUGCGAACGGGCCAAAUUUUGGAGAAAUUAUAAAAGAAUCAAUAUUUGAGAUUGUGUCUGCCUAAUUUUAUGUCUGGCACUAAUUGAUGUUUAGUUGUUAACAAAUAUUUACAUGCCGCUUUUUUAAGUGUGCAAAUGUACCCUCGGUAUCAUGUUAUACAUUGUACAAUUUUGUGCUGCAUGAUACAAAAAAAAAAGUUAAAUCUUUCAAGCUUGAAGCUUGCUAGUCCUAGUGCUAUGUUGUCUUUAUUUGCCUAAGGUGUUAAUGUACUUGUGCAACAUUGGCUGAGCGAGAAAAAAACAUAAUCAGCUUUUUUGGGGUAAAUUGUGUUAAAUGUUUUCUGCCAAAUUAGUUUUAUGUUUAAUAUAGACUUGAAAUUGUUACAUUAACAGUUCUCAUAGUUUUGUAAGGCAAAGUCAUGAAGAGAUUUCCCUAUAUUAAUUAUUUGAAUUACUUAAUUAUUAGGUCAAGCAUCAAAAUUAUUCGUAAUUAUUUUCGAACAAAAAAAUAUUUUUAUUGGUAAAUUCAAAAAAAAAUAUUGUACAACAGUUGUAAAAAUUGAAAAUAUUGUAAAAAUCACAAAAUUAUUUUUUAUCAUCAUGAAUUUUUUUUUCAAAAUCGCAAUAUCUUCAUCAAUGAUUUGAUAGUAUUGCUUCAUCGUCAUUUGAAAAUUUACGUGCCAUAAUUGCGUAGCAAACUGUUCAUUUGACUUAAUCAGUCAGGCUUUUCUGUUGUUAAGUGAUUUAUUAUUGAGUCUGUACAUAUGUCAUGUAGAAAUUAUUGUCAAGGGAAAUUAUUGCAAAAUCAUGAAAUGAAAUUUGUUCACGUAUUGUUCUUUUACAUAUCUGAAUCUCUGUCUUUGUGAAAUGUUGAAUACUCUAUACAAUGUCCUGAUGUUAAUGAUUGAUUUAGAAUUAUGAGGUCCAUUUUAAUGAUGUUACUGAUUGUUCAAAAUUCAUAAGGUCCUUUUUCACAUUUUAAAUUUUCAUGAGGUUCUUUUUCACAUUUUAAAUUUCAUGAGGUCCUUUUUUCACGUUUUAAAUUUCAUGUGCUCAUUUUUCACAAUUUGAAUUUAUGAUGAGGUCCUUUUUCACAUUAUAAAUUUCAUGAGGUCCUUUUUCACAUUUUUUUGUUCUCUUAAUUUCAUAAGGUCCUUUUUGACUAUUUUAAUUUCUUGCGGUCAUUUUUUCACGAUUUCUUUUUCUGUUUAAAAAUCAUGUGGUCCUUUUUACAAUUUUUUUUUGUUCUAAUUAAAUUUCAUGUGGUCCUUUAUUCACAUUUUUUUUGUGCUAAUUUAAAAAAAUUGAGGUCAUAGUUCAUAUAUUUUUUUCUGUUUUAAUUUGAUGAGGUUCUGUUCAAAUGAUUUUGUUGAGUUCUAAUUUCAUGAGACCUUUUUUCAAAAUUUGUUUGGACUCUGGCAAACCUAAGUUUAAAAUUUAUAUGAUAUUCUGGCAGUUGCAUGUGUGUCACUUUAUUGCUAUCUGUCGUUAAAAUAUAUAAAUUACAUUAAAUGAAGUGGAUCAGAGUAAGCACAUGAAUUUAGACAUAAAGCUUAAAGCAAGUCAAGAGAUAAAAGUUUUUAAAGGAUAGAGUCUUCAACAUUUUGCAUGAUUUUAUAUUGAAUAUAUAUAGAAUAAGAUCUGAUCAUUAUUUAUAAUGAAUAUCAUUCAUGGUUUUAUUUUUAUAUUGAAACAUUUUAUAACAUUGUUUAAGCAUGUGUGUUUUAUGGACAUGUUUUAUAACUUACAACCUUACAAGGCUAGCGGACUUUCUCAACUUGAGAGAUUUAAACUUCCUUGUUUAAUCUGUCUGCAUUUAUUUGUUUAAGCAUGCAAAUACAAUCACAACCCUGACUAAGUGGUGUAAAAUUUAAGCCAGUUAAACGGUUUCAUUCAAUUAGUCAAAAAAUGCCCUUCGAUUUUACAUCGCUGGGUUUGAAAAUAAUUACCCAGAUUUUUUGUUUCAGAACUUAAAUUCAAUUUAUAUUUCCCUUUGGAUUUCGGUUUCGGUUUUUAAAAUUUUGCUUUGUCUAUAACCAUUACCAAAAAUUAAAUCAUUUGAAAAAAAAUACAAUCCUAGUGAUUAAUUGAAAGUUGCUAUUUUUAACUGAAAACAAAUAAGCACUGAUUUUUGUAAACCCCAAAAUAAUUUAAUAUAUGGUGGGCUUCUUCGGCCUUAUUAAUUAUUUCUGUAAUUUUUGUGGUACUUUAUUGGACCCUUCUAAAAUAACAAAAAAAAUAACUUGUUUGCUUGUCUGACUUUCAAAGAUGGAAAGUUGAGAUUUUAUCUUUAAGGUUAAGAACAUAACGUGAAACUUGACAAAAAAUAAACAGGAUAAAAACCAAAAAACAUUACAGCCCAUAUCUGGUAAGGCACUCAGUUGCUCAAAGAUCUGAUUAGCUAUUUAUAGAUUAUGUACAUUACAUGACUCAUUGGAUGGUCUUAUGGCGAGACAGUCAUAACUCAAUAUAAAGAUAUAACGAGUUACGUCAGUUUUGCGCUUAAAGCCAUCUCACAGUGUGUUGAUUUGGUGUAUAAACAUACUGUCUUUGACUAGUUACGUCAGUUUUGUGCUUAAAGCCAUCUCACAGUGUGUUGAUUUGGUGUAUAAACAUACUGUCUUUGACUAUCAUUAUAAUACAUUAUACAUUUACAUACAGAAAUUGUUUUAAUAGCAAAUGUUAAUGGUUGUUCUCAUUCAUGUAUUUAUUUAUGAUUCAAUCGUGGGCAUCUUGUUGAAUGUAUAUAUCACAUCUUAUCAUGACAGAUAAUCAUGUCCUGGUUACCGUUGUCAAAUUUGUUUUGCAUGUUUACUCUUAAUUGAAGUUAUGAGUUUAAAUUGUACAUUGAAAUUUAUAGCCAUUUUAGUGGCUAAUUCUUUUUCUAUUGUUCUCGUGAAAGUGUUCAUGAAGUUUUUCUUGUACACUGAAAUGAUUCUGUUGUUAUGGUAUACACUUAUUUUAUACAUGUAGCUUACAAAUGCAGAUGAAUACACUGGAGCAGCUGUUGUUAUAAUUUUUUUCUCGUCGUUUUCUUGCUCGUCACUGAAAAUAACACUAAUUAGAUUCUUGGCUAAUUUCUUUAAAAUUUGCAUCAAGAUUUCUAGCAUUUAAAAUUAAAUUGAUUAGGUAAAAAAAGAUGUGUAAUUUGUUAAAUCUUCUUCAAUGCAUUUCACAGAAAUGGUGCUUAAGACUAUGCUUUUGCAUAUUAAAAUUUUGUUUUGUUACUAGACAUAACCGAUUUGAAUUUAAAGUUGCUCUCUCACAUUUUAUAAGGACAGACAAAGGAAACAUUUGGUUUCUUGAAAAAUGUGACCAAAUGGCUUGAAACAACGGUAAAAAAUCGCAAGAAAUUUUCUUUUGUUCCUACAUUAUUUAAAGUAUAAUUUUUACCUAAAAAGCACUCUGAAAAUUUCCUACUGAAAAUUAAAUCAUUAUAUCAUAGAGUUUUAGAAUCUUUGUUACAACUAGUAUCUGUUGGCUACUUUUUGGUGUUUGUUCAUGAACUCAAUUUGAACACAUUUUGAACAGAAAUGGUCAUUAACAUGAAAUCUGUGAGGGAGUCUCUUUAAUAUCUAAAAAUUAUUUUUUUUAGGUUGAAACUUCGAUAGAAAACAGAGUAAACAUGUUAACUUUUAUUAUUAGUUUAAGAAUAUUCACUGUCAAAGCUUCUUGUCAAUGUUAAUUUGCUAAAUCUUUGCUAAAAAAAUGCAUGCUAAAAUAUUAAAAAAAAAUGUACUUCAAGAACUAUUUUCUAAAAACUUACAUUAUUUUAUAAAAGUUUGCUUUACUGUUUGUGCUUUCUAUAUGUAUAAAUCUACGCAUCUCCAAUUUCUUGGAUGUUCACUUGAAAUUUUACAUUUGCUUCCAUGUCAAGGUCACUGAAAUUUGAUUGCCUACACUUCUGUUGGUUUUUAACAAAUAGCCAGGAUAAACUAUGGUAUGGUUGUGAAUUUUGGACCAAUGUUUCUGGUUUUAAACACAAACAUGAUAGUAAUCAUUCACAUAUGUAGGGAAUGUGUUUCACUAACAGUCAUUAUUUUAGUCUUAAAUAAAGUUUGUUCAGUGGUGCUGUAGUAAGUUGAUAAAUGAAAAAAUAAUUAUUGAAGUGGGUCCAUUUGUACUAUUCUUUAAUCAUAUUGAUUAAUUAUCAUAUUAAUUGUCUGUAGGACUUGUUCGAAAGACUUUUCCCAAUGAAAAUGAGAAAUAUGUCGUUCAUUAUGUUGUCUAGUCGCUGCAUAUCGUUGGAACCCAUGUUAAAUGUUUUAUUAUGUUAUAAAGCUUUUAUUUUAUUUUGUUAAAGCUACAUUUUGAACCUUGUCACAUAAUUAAAGAGAUUGUUGGCUUCCUUAUAUGGUGUUCAUAAAAAAGGGGCCAGUUUCACACACACACAAAUAUUUAAAAUAUUCCCGCCUCACUAUUUUCCCGCCUGAAAUUCUAUAAUUUGAUUACAGUAAUAAUAAAAAUCCAAUGGGUAGGCUACAAUGGUCAUUGCUUAAUGUGUUAUGUGAUUGGGUUUUAUGAAACCAGGCCUAGUUCUUUUCAUUUCUGUAUUGUUACAUUUUAGAGAACGUGGAUUGCUUUAAUUUCACCAGGGUUUAUUUUUACGAAUAUUUCAAUUCCAUCAUGUUGCAAAUUCAAAGAUGAUAAACCUACUGUGUAUCAUUUUUAUGGAAGCAAUAUGUUUUGACGUGGAUAGCAUUUUUAGCAUCAUUUUGCAUCGUAAUUGCUAAAAAACCUUCCAUUUCUAAACAGUUUGAAUCAUGAUUGAAUAGUUCAGUAUCAGGAGCUGAGCAAUCCAGUUAAAACUACACACUGUUUCUUCUAUACCUAUAUAAUAAUUGGAAGAAACUGAAAACCAGUCCAUUGACAAAAUAAUGCAGGAAAACUAAUAAAAAACCAGUCAAUUGAUAAAAUAAUUGAGGAAAAUUAAUCAAACCAGUUAAUUGAUAAAAUAAGGAGAAAAAUAAUUAAGCCAGUCCAUUGACAAAACAAUGGAGGAAAACAAUCAAACCAGUCAUUGGCAAAAUAAUGGAGGAAAGAUAAUCAUGAAAAAUAUAAUAAUUUUCAGAAUUGUGAAUUUUUAGCUACCACUUGUGAAACCAUUAGUUAUUUUGGAAUAGUAAAAUUUGGCCCGGACAAAAAUACUGAGGUCAUAUCAUUCAGUCAGAUAUAUUGAACGAUGUAUCAAUCUUACAGCAGUUAUUGAUAUAUGUAGUACAAUGUUGUCAUUUUAUACGUAAAAGCUGUUGUAUUUAUUCUGGACAUUGCUAGUCAGCUGUUGGUUAAAACUGUUACAAUGAACUAUUAUUUUAUAGUUUUGCUGACCUUGCGAAAAACGUACAAGAAACAAAUUAUCAGGAAGUAUAUAGAAUUUAUUAUCUGGUUAUCAUUUAUCUUGAAUAGAAAGAAUGUUUCUGAUAAUAGGUUUUUGUCAUUUAGAGUUAUAACUGCUGUUACUGGUUUUAUAUUUUGAAAAUUAAUCAUGGUGUUUCUACUUGAAGCAUACAACAUACACAUUUUACCUGCAAUUUUCACAAUGUAAGUAAACAUGACAAUAUAUUAUGUCUUGGAAAACAAACCCACCUAACACUAUUUAACAUAUUAAUGUUGUUGUUUUUUUCCAAUGGUUGACUAGCAAAGUCUGUUGUUAUAUUGUUUUUUGAGAAAUUGUGUAUUUUCUUGACUCGUUUUGAAAAACCAAAGCAUGAUCGCUAUUUUAAUUCAUUUAUUAUGAAAAUGUGUGAUUUUUGUGAUGUCUUACCAAAGUAUCAAAUUUAUGUAGUCAUGUAGCAUACUUUGUUUUCACUGUGGACACACUAAGGUGAAAUCAG